AUCAGUCCAACGCGUCUUCAGUCUCCUACCACAGCAAGCCAAAGCCUCGCCUUUCUCCUCCUUUUCCGCCCAAACCGCAACUCCUCCUCUCCCCUGCUCUCACCUCCGCUCUCUCCUUUCGGCGUGUCCAGCGCCAGCUUCGGGCUCGCGCCCCUGCCUUCUCGCGUGCCGUUUUCUCCGCCGUCUCUCCGGAUUUGUUCUCUAGAGAUCGUUUUCAAAGUUCUUUCAGCAUCUGAGGGGGGAACUUUGUAAAAAAGGAACCAUUUGGCAAUCAAAAAAGAUCUAAUAAAGAUCAAAUUACGUUCUGUUUUAAUGGAAUGACAGGAUCGUCAGUUGCAGGCACUAGCAGUAUCAGGAAGCCACUCUUUUAGUAAUACUUCUGAGCAGAGGUUCUGAAGUCCAUUUUUCAGGGUGCAAGGAUGGACUACUCUGCUGGUUCCUUCUUUUCAUCAUGGCCUGCCAAUUCUGCUUCUGAGAAUUAUAGCUUUGUUGAUGGUUCAGUGGGAUCAUAUGCAGAAGAAGGAAGCAUGAAACCUGCAGGUUAUUUCAUGAGGGCUGGGUCAGAUCACAAUUUAAUGUUCAAUGAGCAUGAGAAGAACCCUACUGUGCUUACAAAUGGAUGCUUGCCAUACAGUGCCCAGACUGAUCUAUUAUCUAGCGAGAUUCUAUCAACGGGUAAGCCUUCAAACAGCAUUGUGGAGUUUCAACAAUUUCAGGGCAAUGGCAAUCUGCAAAGUAAUUUAAUCCCCCAAGGGACUCUUCACUGCAAUCCAACACCUGGAACAUUUGACCCACCGUUGGAUACCUCUGGCCUUCUAGAACUACCUCAUGCAUUAUCCAGUUCAAUUGAAAGUAAUGAUAGUGAAAUUUCGGCUUUUCUUGCGGAUGUACAAGCUGUUUCUUCAGCCUCAACGUUGUGUUCCACAUUCCAAAAUGUUUCUUCAUACAUGGAACCGGUGAAUGUAGAAGCUUUUGGUUUUCAAGGGGUACAAAGUGCGGCUAUGUUCAACAAAACAAGCCAUUCAAAUGGGAAUCUCCCAGUAUUCGAUAAGGCUCCUGUGGCAUCGAUACAUGAUUGCAGAGAGUUUCUGAAUGGUAGCAUCUCCUCUUUUGCUACUGCCCAGCAAUCACAACUAGCUACCGGUGGUUUCAAGGCUGAACAACAGGAGCAAAAUACGAUGUGUAAUAUUCCUCUCCCUUCUUUCGUUUCUGGUGGUCAGAUGGCAGUUACUGAAGCACAACAGAUAACAUCGCUGGUCCAUAACAACAAAAGUGAGUACCCUGUCCCUAUUGGCCAUUCUUCUGAUGUGCAGCCCCAAGCAAAUUCAGCUCAUGGAAAUAGUGUUAGCGCGAAGCCACGAUCAAGGGCUCGCCGUGGACAAGCAACUGACCCUCAUAGUAUUGCUGAACGGCUUCGGAGAGAGAAAAUUUCUGAGAGGAUGAAAAAUCUCCAAGAACUUGUACCGAACUCCAAUAAGGCAGAUAAGUCAUCAAUGCUCGAUGAGAUAAUUGAUUAUGUGAAAUUUCUUCAGCUUCAGGUGAAGGUCUUGAGCAUGAGUAGGCUAGGAGCUCCUGGAGCGGUUCUUCCCCUCCUCAGAGAGUCUCAAACCGAGGGCCAUAGCAAUUCUUCUCUGUCAGGGACAACCACUUCACAAGGCCUACUGGACGUAGCAAACCCAGAAGACAGCGUAGUGUUUGAGCAAGAAGUUAUAAAGCUGAUGGAAACCAGCAUCACCAGCGCAAUGCAGUACCUCCAGAACAAGGGCCUGUGCCUGAUGCCUAUCGCUCUUGCUUCAGCUAUAUCAAACCAGAAAGGCGUGUCUGCUGCUGCAAUCCCUCCUGAACAGUGAAAACCGGAAGCGCAUAAUGCUCGGAAACAAGUGCAGAGAUGUCCCCAGACUCCAUAGAUGUUAAAACAGACAGUAGGAAGUUAUCUAACUAAGCCAAACUUAUGGCCUAAUCUGCUAGUUUACUUCUAAGACAGAAACCUAUAUAGCCUUUUCUCUGUUCUGUUUUUUUGACUUAAAAAUAUUUGUACAGAAGUGCUGCCCAGGGAUGGGCCUGCUAAAUCUGCCUUUUCUCUGUUCUGUUGCA